GUAUCACGCUGUCGUCACUAGGAAAUAGUCAGUUGACGUUGUCAUCUGUCUUGAUGCGCUGUGAAUUUCGCCGAGAGGUGAUCAGAAUUAUUAUCGGUCGUUUUUGUUAAACCCAUUAGCAACAAAUUAUAAUAUCUCCUUUAGCUAUAUUUCAGUAUGGGUAUUUUGUUCCCUAGCGCUCCGGCUAAGGUUAGCUUCUCUUUGCCAACUGCGCUUGUCUCGUUAUGAACUGCUUUGUUGUCGAGCCACCAGAUAACUUGCAUGAUCAAUUUAGAAAGUGCUAUCGGGUAUUUCUGCUGCUUUGAACCGUUGUGAUAAUUUCCUUCCACAUGCACUACAGAGAUGGAUUCUCAGAGCUCAAACCUGACCUGUGCCAUAUGUCUCGACUGUUUUCGCGUCCCUGUUACCAUCCUGUGUGGGCACUCGUUCUGUGAGAAGUGCAUCACUACCCAUUGGGACACUAAAAGCAUGUCUGAUCUUGGACCGGACUGUCCCAUCUGCAAUGAGAAGUUUGCCACCAGGCCCACUGUCAAGCGUAAUGUGUCCUUGUCUCUCCUGACUGAAGCUGCGAACAGCAACACCGGGCAAUCCCACAAAGACCCUGGGAAAGAGGAAGGACCCGUGCUUUGUAAACUCCAUCUUAAGCCUCUAGUUUAUUACUGCAAGCGUGAUCAAAUGUCUGUGUGCUGCGAGUGUGCCAUCAGAGAGUGCAAGAACCAUGACAAGGAUUUGUUGGAGACGGAAAAGAAAAACCAAAAGCUAUUAUUGGAGAAGAAAAAUGCGGAGGUGGCAAAACUCAUUGAAGAAACCAAGCAAAGUAUUAAAAACCUAACUGAAAAUAUCAACCAAGCUAAGGAGACGAUGCAGCAGACAUCCAAUCGGGUCACAGCCAAGUUUUCCACCAUGAUAAAAAUACUGGCCGAGCGGCAGGAGGUCACCGAGCGCUUCAUGGAGCAGCAGACAGAGGCGGCCGUCUCUGAGGCAACGGCGCGUCUCUCUGACCUGGAGGAGAACGUCCAGAAGCUGACAGCGAGCCAGAUGAAAAUCGCAGCUCUCCACAACCUCUCCGAUACAGAGCUCAUCAAGGAAUCAAUGCUCAUAGAAGUUCCGCGCCUCAAGAAUAUCCCCUUCGACUUAACGCCCCACCUGCAGGAUCGAUUAAGUGGCAUCACGGAGAUCCUGACCCGAAUCUCCAAGCUGGUGGUUGAGGACCUCGAAAGAGCUGUCUGCACCGUUGUGGGUCAUGACAUAGAAGGUUCCCCGCAGGAGAAGAGGCCCAUUCUGGCUGUGGUUCCCAAUCCGGCUGCCCCGAGCCACCCUGGUGGAAAGGAGGGCCUGAGUGCUUACAGAUGCGCUCUGACGUUCGACCCCAGCACAGCCAACGGCCACCUGGUCUUGUCACAAGAGAACCGGAGAGCCGAGCACCUGACUUCAGGUCUGCGUCACGUGGCGGAGCACGCGUCUCGUUUUGAUUCCACCUGGCAGGUGCUAUGCAGCCAGGGCUUCAAACAGGGCCAGCACUACUGGGAGUUGGAGGUGUCCAAACCGUGGGCCUACCUGGGGGUCACGUAUAGCACCAUCCCCAGAAAAGAGAAAGGUCGGAGGUGCAUGCUGGGUAUGAACGAAAUGUCGUGGAGCCUGCAGCUCGACGAGAAGCAGCUCAACGCUUGGCACAACAACCGUAAGGAGACCCUGGCUGGAUCUUCUCGACACGGCCGUAUCGGCAUGCUGUUGGACUACGACGCGGGGACGCUCAGCUUUUACGGUGAUGGACACGUCAAGCUGCACGCCUUCCAUUGUGCCUUCACCCAGGAGCUCUUCCCUGCUUGCUGGAUAGGAGAAGGCGUCAGCAUUACGCUGUGCUCAACAUGAGUGUUCCAAACUGGUUUUGCUUUUUGUUUAAAAAUGAGAAAUUUGUCUCAAUUAAAUGGAAAAACAAAGGGGGCGGGGGGGAUAAUUUGAGCUCUGCGGCAUCAGUCAAAAAUGCAUAAAUACACUGUUAGUGAGCAUUAAAUCAAAUCAUGAUUUCCCUCAUUUUAUGUCCGUCCAUUUAAGGUUGGCGGAAGCUGAAGCCUAUCCCAGUUUUGGCAUUGAGUGGGACUUGUCAGCCGUGCGAACCACUACGCUACCAAAUUCCCCCAUUAUGUCAAAUAGUCAUCUGAUCCCGUCCACGAUGGAGUGUUUUGUUUACACAUGAGGAGUUUUGCUUUAUUUCUUACGUUACAAAGUGACACGCCGUAUUGUCUGUGACAUUGCUGCAUGAAAUUUCCCACGGCGUGUUCCCCACUUCAAUUUUUGCCCCAACUCCCUUUUUAAAUUAUUUUUUUAUUUAAGCCUCACCUUUUAGACUUUUUCAAAUAUGGACAGCAAGCCAAUUGCACAUGCUCAUUUGACUUUUUUUUUUAUUAUUUAUGUAUUUUUUUUAAAAACUUUUAAGCCAUCUGAUGUUGAGAGUCACACAAACCCAUUUUACGACUCAUUCCGUAUGUGUUGGUUAUUUUGUAUGUGGAUUACUCUUUUUUUUUUUUUUUAAGUGUAAUGUGACUUGUGUACUUUGAGACUCGCAUCUUUAACUUUCAAUCAGUAUUUCGGGAACAUGCACAAGUGUGUAAUAGAAGGAAACAGCACACACACACUAAACCACAUUCAUGUGAAACAGGAUCCAUUUAAUAAAUACCUAUUGGUUACA